CAGGCAAGCGACGUGAUGGACUACUCGUUACUGGUUGGAGUGGACAAAGAGAAGCACGAAUUAGUUGUCGGAAUCAUCGAUUACAUGAGACAGUAUACCUGGGACAAGCAUCUUGAAACUAGGGUGAAGGCUUCCGGCAUCCUUGGUGGACUGAAGAAUGCAUCACCGACUGUAAUUUCGCCGAAACAAUACAAGAAAAGGUUCCGGAAAGCAAUGGCAACGUACUUUCUAAUGAUCCCGGAUCAGUGGUCUUCUCCUACCACAUCAGGCAAAUCUCAGUCAGAUACAGGCGAAGAGAACGGACAACAAGGGACCUCUGCAAAGUGAUUUCGCGAUCGAAAUCUCGAAGUUCAACACUCCCAUUCUGGCAUUGUUCAUAGGAUUGGUUUCCAUUUUUCAAUUCUUCUGGAGGGGCAAUUAUUCAUUUACACACAUAAAAGCGAAGGAAUUCAUAAUUCUUUUGAUAGGAUAUGUGGAACAAGGCCUCUUCAACUGGGAAUUUCUGUCGAAGGUCAAAUAUUUAGCGACCUUUGCAUGAAUUUUUUGUACAAAAAAAUCUCUCUCUUGUAUUUAGCAUAUAUAUCCCACCAUACUGUUAGUUUGUAAUCCAUUGAAAACUAGCCUUUGAUUGCAUUAUGUAAAACCAAAGUGAUUGAUUACAAUAGAAAGAGAUUUUUU